UUGUUGCCAGCAAUGAUCAAACUGCAAAAAAAAAUGUUUACAUAAAAACAGUUCUGAUAACUUACGUUGAUUUUCUUUGAAAAACCAUUACGUCAGUGAUGAGUGAAGUGUGAUUCUGAUUAGUGGUGUGAUGUGUCUUGCUUGAGUGUAGAUACUGAAUUUACAACUUUGAUAUAAUGAUUUAUAUUUUUAAAUAAACAUUUCAAAUUUGAGGUUCUACGUUGGUGACAGGUUAAGAAGGAUUUAAUAGAAGUUAAUUAUGUUGAUUGAAUGCAAUUUAAAGAAAGAAAUAAAUGACGGUGCUAUGUUGUACAAUAUUGAUUAUUAUAUAUUUAAUUUUAAAGUAGAUUACAAUGUUUAGUUACAGUAAUUGAGUAACCACUUUUUAAGUAACUGAAAUCUGAUGAACAUAUCCACAUGGAUGGUGCUGCAGAAACAUCGUCUGGUGCUGCCAACGUUUUGCAGGCCAGACUGAGCGUGGAUUUUAAGAUUUGUUGUGUAUGUGGAGACCGAGCCUUAGGUUACAAUUUCAGCGCUAUUACUUGUGAAUCUUGCAAAGCGUUUUUCAGGCGCAAUGCCUUGAAAAAUAAGGAGUUUCGGUGUCCCUUCAGUGGAAAUUGCCAAAUAACUGCCAUCACCAGAAGAUUCUGUCAGAAAUGUAGGCUGACCAAGUGUUUUGAUGUGGGAAUGCGCAAAGAUUACAUAAUGUCGGAGGAGGACAAAGUGAUCAAGCGUAAAAAAAUUGAAAAGAACCGGGCUCUCAAGUGUUCCUCGCACGGAAGGAAUGCCUCGAAGGUAAAGACAGAGUACGCAGAGGACUCUUGCGAGUAUUUGGACAACAAUGCAUCCGUGUCGUCCGUGUCGAGUCAGUGCGAGUCGGAAAACACGUACGAAAGUCCGCCGAAGCAGGCAAAGUUUUCAGACGGCCCCGAGGAGCGCGGCGACGUGGACUCGGGGAGACAGUGUUCCAGCAGCCAUGCGGAGGACGCGACAAGUCACCACGCGGCGAAGUCCUUCCCGUCGCCCGCGUCGGCCACGAGCGUCCCGAGCCCGUCGUCGCCUCCCGGGAGCACCAUGUCGGGGUCGCAGACGGCCGAGCUGUUCUCUCCGACGGGCCGCGCCGCGCCGGUCAGCGUCAUCACCGCCCCGGCCCACUGCCUGUCCCGCCCGCCGGCGAGGGGCGGCCACGACUCCUCGCGGACCCCGCUCCUGUCGUCGCUCAUCAGCCCGCCCCAGGCCAGGCCCCCCCCUUCCCACCCGCACUCGCCGCGCCGAGACUCCCCGGCGGGCCGCGGGCAGUCUAGUCCGCCACCCGAAGGCAGCGGGGGCGAUCAGAACUGCGUGAGGGACUUCUGGAGUGGCUACAGCUCGACGAGAGAGGCUGCCAAGGAAGUUCUGCAGGAUGUCCAGCGGAUCGCGGUCGCGCCCCACUCGAUCGAGUCGAUCCUGAGCGAGGCCAUCAAGCUGGAGUUCGAGGCGUACAGCUCGCUGGCCAAGCCGCACCAGAGCUCGCGCCAGCUCAACGACGCGGAGCAGGCGAAGCUGAGCGAGCUGGUGGUCGCCAACAGGGCCCUUCACGAGCCGCUCGACGAGGAUCUCUCCGCACUCGUCGGCGACGACUACAGGUUUGAGACGACGCCGGACCACAGCCCCAUGCUGGUGGACGUCAUCAACCUGACGGCCAUCGCGAUCCGGCGCUUCAUCAAGACCUCGAAGAAGAUCAGCGCGUUCCGCAACAUGUGCCAGGAGGACCAGGUGGCGCUGCUGAAGGGCGGCUGCACGGAGAUCCUGAUCCUGCGCAGCGCCAUGACCUACGAUCCCGACAAGGACCAGUGGAAGAUCCCGCACUCGCAGGCGCGGCUGAACGUCAAGGUGGACGUGCUGAAGGAGGCCCGCGGCAACAUCUACGAGGAGCACCGGCGCUUCCUGCGCACCUUCGACCCCAAGUGGCGCGCCGACGAGAACAUCAUGCUGAUCCUGAGCGCCAUCUCGCUGUUCACGCCCGAGCGGCAGCGGGUCGUCCACCACGACGUCAUCAAGCUCGAGCAGAACUCGUACUACUACCUGCUGAGGCGCUACCUGGAGAGCGUGUGCGGGGGCUGCGAGGCGCGCUCCAUCUUCCUGAAGCUCAUCCAGAAGAUAGCCGAGCUCCACCACCUCAACGACGACCUGGUUCGCGUGUACUUCGACGUGAACCCCCGCGACGUGGAGCCCCUGCUCAUCGAGAUAUUCGACCUGAAGCCCCACUGAGGUCUGGGGAGAGGGGGGGCUCUUUCCUCCGUAUGUGCCUGCUCGGUUGCCGUGCCUUGGUUUGGUGGCAGUCGGUCCUGACCGCUUCUUCGAGGUAAACCGCUACAGAACAGAAAUGGUCUCGUUCUGCGCGUGGAAUUUUCUGUUGUGGUAACAGAUGAUGAACUAUUACAAAUUGUAUCCUAAGAGGGCCAUGCUAGACAUUUAUUAAAGUUAAUUCUGGUGUCUUGGUUACUAGAGAUGGACGAGUUGAGGUUUUUUUGGUUUCUAGUGAAGUCGAGCUGAGUUUAGUAAUUCAUAUUUCGAGUCAAAUCGAGUUUGAGCCAAAAAAAUUUUGAAGAGGUCAAGUCAGUUCAAGUUACAUAUUUUUUUUUUUUUUGCAUCAAAUAUGAUAAAUAAAAUAUUACUACGCAUCCAUUGAUAUAAGAAUUGUGUAUCCAAGAUGCAUAUCUGCAUUAUUUAAAUAUUUUAAAUUAUUAAUUAGCAAAUCAUUAUGUUAUUUAAAUAUUUUAAAUGAUUUAUUAGCAUAUAAUUAUGUUAUUUAAAUAUUAAAAAACUAAGCUUAUGUGGUCUACCAUGUUCAAUCCACUUAAUAUUUGUAUCAGUAUUUACUUUUGCCGAAAUUCGUAUGCCGUUUUUGGCUUCUCACUAGUCAGUGUUGCAAACGUCGAGUUACGUAACUUCUCAAUGUAAAUACACUUUCCGCGGCAAGAUUAUUCGCCCGGAACUGUUACAACUACAAGAAUAUCAAUAUGUUUAAUAAAUAAAAUGCAUGAGCGUUAUUAUAAUAUUUUAUUCAAACAAAAAGAAAGUAAAUUUAUCUUAAACGUUAUUGACACGCAGCGCUGCGUAGCGGAACACAGCUAAAUUUAGUUCCAAAAUGCAAGGCUGGCUGGCCUAACACGCAACCAUUUUCACGCUUCACGGUUUGGAUGUUAUUUACUAAAUAUUAUAAUAUAAUUAUUUAGUGUUUAUUUUUAGGUUACGGAAAUCUCUUGUUUAUAUGAGUUAUUUUAAACUGGGCACAAUAAACGUGAUCUGCGUUUUGGCAUAAAUUUUUCUUCAGUGAAAAUACUUUGACGUAUCUUGUAAACAAAUGCGGUACUGUAUUUGAAGUAAACACAGGAUGUAAAACAAAAUGAAAACAGUGCACACUUUUUUCCAAGUUUUUUUUAUAUAAAAUGGUCAUGUGACAUAAUUUUGUCCUAUAAACUGUAGCCACUAUCGACAAAAUCACGUUACGACGUCACGUUCAUAAAUGAAGGUAGGCCUAGGUUUGGUUGCACUUGUACCGUAUAGCGCCGUAGCACGGUAGCGGGCAAGCGUAGGUUUGCACGGGAUUUGUUUUGUUUGAAGGUCAUUAUCAAUUCUUGCUGUAUUGAUGACUUGGCGAAAACGUUAAGACAACCCAUAAUAAAGUGCUAUAAUGUCAUGAUGCUGGUACUUAACUCGAAACAUGUUUCGAGUCUCGAACUUGAUAAAAUAUGUGACUCGGUUUUCGAGUCGAGUCAAUCUGACCCAACUCGGCUCGGCUCGACUCGAUAAACCAAGACUCGACCCAUCUCUUUUGGUUACUUUAAAAUGCAGGAAAAAAUAUGAAUUUAUAAUGGCAUGAAGGUGUAUGUCAACAGUGCAAGCACAUACAUAGUUUUUUUUUUUAAUUUAAAUUAGCAUUGUUUUUGUUAAGCUCUACGUAUUAAAUGUUAAUGUGUUAUGUAUGUUAAAUCAUGCUUAGAAUUUUAUUUUUUUAAGGCUCCUAGUUUCAGAAAAUUAGUCAAUCCUCUUAAAAUUGGCCAUUAUUUUAGAGGCUGUUCUUGGUUUUCUGGACAAUUUUUUUUUGUGGAGGGGGGGGGGGGGGAGAGAAUCACCUUGGAGCUGUAAACCUUGGUGAUUAUUGUGCCAUAGUUAAAAUGUUAGUUUCCCAGAAAUGUUGAAUUUAUUUAUAGUCAUUUUAUUGAUGGAUUAUAUUUUUACAUCAGCUUGUUGAUGGUACAAAUAUUUUUUAUGAAGAACUGUUUGCAGUUUUAAAGGUAAAUAAUUAGGGGUAGUCAAAUUUCGUUAAUGACGAAAUCGCGAAAUUUUAAAAAAAUCACUUGCACAUGAUGUGUAAUACAAAUAACCUUACUUGGUAGUGAUAAGACGUUAAUAUACUGCAUUUCGUUUUAACGAAAUUUGCUGUGAUGCGCGAAAUCCAUAGUUUUUCACGAAAUAUGACGAAAUCACGAUAUUCGCGCGAAAUUAACCUUUUUUAUCGCGAAAAAUCACGUUGAAUCAUUCUGGAACUUGCACAAAACGUUUAUUAUUCCAAGAGGUUAUAUGUGAGACGCCAUCUUUGCUUUUGUUUUUCUCUAGCACCCAUAGAGUAGAGCGUGGCAAUAAACAUUAUCACUUUAGCUACUGGUGGACAAAUCACAGAUGGCGUUGGUAGUUAUGAGUGUCGAAAUGUUCUAUGAUUUUGUUUUCACGAGUGCGUGUCUGUCGAGUUUAAGUUCUUUAUUUCCGAGUGGAUGCAAUAUGUCUCUCUUCCGCAUCUAUGAUCGUUUUCCGUUGAAAGUUUUUGUGUCAUUUUGGUCAUAUUACCGUGGUCACUGGAUAAGCGUAUAAAAUGCCGAAAGUUGUGUUUUCGAAAGAGCUGAAGGAUUUUACGUAAUCAGUAAAGAAAAAGGCAUCAUGAUGUGCAAGUUCUGUAAUGUGCAAGUCGACUGGAAAAUAAAAUACACGUGUGAAAACACUGUAAAUUUAGAGCAUCGCACAAGGUGAACAAAGCAUCGGGUUCUGGAACUAAGCGUCAAGUUACUCUAGAACCAUAUAUUUCACGAAUGAAAAUUAUUACAUCCAGACGUACGCCUACUCAGUCUCCGUCGUCGCACACGUUCCUACGAGACGUAGAAGGCCAUAAAACGGCAAAAAUGACAUUAUUUUGCUGACCGCAAAUGCGUCUGGUGACGCAAUCGUCGAUAGGCCUUAACUCAAUCUUUGUUCCUUUCUCUGAAUCGGCCAAACGCAGUCCAGAAAAAUAGCGUCACUUCCAUAUUAGCCAAUCAAAUCAUAACUUUCAAAAUGUUAAUUGUUGUAUUUGGGCGUCCUAGCCGAGGCGACUAUUUAUUUUCGUAGUUGUCACGGCAAUGCACGAAAAUAAAUGCCGGCCAAGAGUGCCAACAUAUACAUGAACAAAUACCGCACACGCAGUUGAGGCGGUGAAAAAGUAAACAAAAAAAAAAACAAUACUCUGUACUGUUGAAUAAGUACAGUGUUUUGGUGGGGACUAGUUUGCAGGAAACAUAUAAUAGCUGAUUUUCAGAGAUAGGUAGUCAAAAUGGACUUGAGCCACUAACGUUUAUGAUCAGUUUCCGAUUUUUUUGUAUGUAAUCUUGAGAAUUUAAAUUACAAAUGCAGCGUGCUAAAUUUUAGAUGUGAAUGUACUUCAAAACAUUGUUUUUGAUAAAUUUCGACCAAAUAAAACAAUUAUUCCAUCAAACAUAUACAUGUGUAUAAAAUUAUAAUGACGAAAUAGUUAUUUUUUCUAACUAAACAAUUUUUUUUUCACCGAAAUUUGGCACCGAAAUAACUCUUUUUAUUCACCGAAAUGGGCCUUUUUUAUUUACCAUUUUUCAUUGGCCCUAUAAAUAAUCCUCUGCAGAGUUUUUAAUAUUUGAUUUUAAACUGCAGAGGUGAAGUGAAGAGACUUUUCACUGAUGUGUUUUCGUGUUAAGUCGUAGGUUACUGUGAAUCUUCACCGCCAGUCCGUGCGUCAGGCACUGCGAGUUUAAAACUUGCACAAAGUUUGCCGCUUCCUGUAUGUCCGCAAUGCGACAAGCGGCAGAUUGAUCUCUCUGUUGUCUAGCGACCUGGGGUGCGUUGCUCCUUCUGUGUGUGGCUUCGUCCCUCUAACUAGGCGGGAGAGGGGUAGAAAGGAUAAAUGUCCGUUAGUUCAAAUGUGCCAAUAUGGCUCUUGUUGGUUAACAAUAGGUGUAUGCAAAAUAUAGGCCACCGACAGCUACAACAAUUUGAUCAUUGAGAUGUUUGGGAGGGGAAACGUAAAAUAAUAUACAAUUUUGUGUUUCCAAGUAGUAUCAAUUUGUACAAGAUUUGAAAUACUGAAAUUAAAAGUAGAGUUUCAUAAAACAGUAUUUUUGUAUCGUUAAAAUUCUCGGUGUUGCGAUUUUGCGGAAUAGAGUGGUUCUGAUUUUCCGUUAUUUUACUUUCUGUUGAUUAGUCAGUUCACAUAAUUGGCUGCAUUGAUAAAACUAGACAAUCGCUACCUGCAUUUACUAGUCAGUAGUAUUUUAGCUUUUUUUUUUUUUUUUUGCCUUUAAAAAAGUAGGGCUUUACAUAUCAGAUAACAGGCGUUUAAAAAUGCCCAUUUUAAGCCUAGGUUGAAGGGCUUUGAAUAAAUACUUGCACACUUGAAUGUCGUAGGCAUCCCAUUAUGUUUGAUAAUAUAUAUAUUUUUUUCCCUUGCGAAAAUAGAUUGUGAAUGCAUUUUGAGUAGCUUACUAAAAAAAAAGGGAAGUGUUUUUCAAACGCAUUACAUCAUUAUGUUUCACCGGUCAGACCGGAGGAGAGAACAAAAUGACCUUUGAAUUCCCUGAGUGCUCAUAACUUCAUAAGUCAUAAGAUUGGUGCCAAGGACAUCCGCAGCCUGCGAUUUAUGGUAUUUGCGAGAUGUCAAAACUUUAUACUACAUGCAUUGAGCUGAGCCGAUGCUGAUUCAGGCACCGCAGUAUCAGUCGGCCAGUAUUGUUUUUGCCAGUGUGGUAAUCAUCUUAAUAAUUUCAGUUGCUGUCCACAGACUAUAAAAAUCUGUAAUUUUCAUAUCUUCAGGAAAAAGGAAGCUUUGUUUUACAAAAACAAAUUGAAAUUUAGUCAUAUUUAUUGAGAGAAUUUAUCUAAGAGCUAGAGAAUUAUUAAGUUAUGCUUUCAUAUUAUUAAUACAUAUAAGAGCUUUAAAAUUAAUUAUUAAUAUAUUAUAAUUUGUAGUUACCUGUAUGAGAAGUAGCAGUAUCAACGACACAGUGUCAACAUCGGUGAGCAUUGGUGAAAACUGGCACCAUCUUAGCCCUAAUUUUUACUUCAUGAUGUGUAUGAACAUCAUACAGAAACCAUGUAAAGACUAGAAUGAAGUUGAAGUAAAAAAUUUUUGUAACAGGCUCCACUUUAUGUAAUUUCUAUGAAAUCACAUUAUCAUUUUAAGUACCAAAUAAUGGUUCUGGUAUUUGUUCUAAGUAAGUUCUGCAGUGUAAAAUUAGUUUGUGUGUAUUUAAUGAUGCUUCAUAGGAGUGAUUGUUGAUUGAUUACUUAUGUAAUGAUAUUUUUGCCAAAAUAAUUGUUGCAACUAGUACCUUCAACCGUGUUUCUUAUUUUUUAGUGGGGUUAACACUCAUUUUUUCGUGUUUUUAUGAAACUUUAAAUGUCUGAUAUUAAAAUAGUACUGUUAAUUUGCUUACCUGUUAUAAGUAUGUAGCGACUACAUAUUGCCUUUUAGCCUGUCUCAUAUCCUUAAACAUGUUUUUGUAUUGUAUGAUUUAAAAUUUAAUCAUCAACAGUACAUUAAACUAGCGUUGACAUAUAAUACUGGGUACUUUUAAGUUAUUUAGUGCACUGACAUUGUUGUUUUCAGUUUUAAUAUUUAUUGUAUGUUAAAACUGAAUUUUAGGUUUCCUUACCCAAAAUUAGAGAAACUGUUUUGUUGUUGCUUCUCUUGUUUGUUUUUGUUUUAAAGUAUUCUAACUCAAACAGGAUAAGGCAGGAGGUUAAUGUUUUUGCAGAUUUUGUAUUACGGUGACCACAAAAGAUGAAUUUUUAUUGUCUGUAUUUAUUGUUUGUAGCUUGUGUGUAACACUAAUAAUUUUUGAUAUUUACGGAUCAGUUUAGUACAUAUUUAAGUACUCUCUUAAAGGCAGAGUUUUUUUUUUGUAAGAGUGGACGGUUAACUCUACGAACCAAAAAGAGGGCAUGUAGGAGUGUGAUAGGCCGAACUUCUGACACCUUUUGUACAGUGCCUGGAUGUUUUUUCGUUUAGUGUGGAGUAAUGAAAUUUCUGACCCCACCAGUGUGUGAUUAGACUAAAAGAAGUUGAGGAAGAAGGAUGCUGAUGUUUGAUAGAAGGAGAUCUUAGUGAGCAAUAAUUGCCUGCCUAUAAGGUUUCUCGGGAGUUAGUCAUCAACAACAGUUCAAAAAAGUGUAUUAAAAUACUCUCUGAACUGAUUUGAACUCUACUAUGCCACCAAGCAACUUGUCAGAAUCAUCAAACAACGCACCGUGGUGCAAGUGAAAUACACAGGCAGCGGUUUCGCAUGCAAGCAACAAACUGAGUCUUGCUUUGCUGACUUGGAACUGCAGAAAUCUAAUGCCUACACGGAUUUGAAAUUAAAUAAAUCCUCUAAAAUUAUAUUUCCUUACAGUCACCUCCCUUUGGAAGAGUGGAGCCUCACAGCGAAAAUUUUAAACACAAAUAGUUUACAAACUGAACGAGAAAAGAAUUCAAAUCUAUAUAUCUAUAUUUCAGUUUUUGUCUCAGUUUUGCACGGCCAGACCACUGUCACUGUAGAGGCUUUAACACCUUUUUGUGUCCACAGUCUCGUUUUUCCGUUUCUUAGUGAAAUAUUUCUUUCUGAAUACGACAGUAAAAAAAAAACAGUUAAGAAAUUACAGUCCUGACAAAGAAAACAAGAAUUUACAAUACUAAUAAUUGCAGAGUUUCUGACUUUUCUACACGCGUGAUUAUAGGACAUGCUUCUUUUCAUUGGUUUCUAGGUACUUUGCAAUGUUAGAUAAUACAGUUUUGUCUAAAGUUAAAUUUAUCAGUAACAAACCAAUCUGGAUUAUUUAUAAAAUGGAUGUGAAAUUCAGGAAUGUGAACAACAGAGUUUACAGUUUAAAUACAGACUACAGUUACACUAGCAAGAACUUUAAAUUGGUUUGAUAACAAAUCACAUGAAACUGCAUUUUCAAUCAUUCCAUUUCCUGAAAUAGGUUUAAUUACAGAAGGCAUAAUUUACUUAGCAUUUUGACAAAAAUAAGUGACAUCAAUUUGCGAAUUGACAGCAUAAAACCAAGUAAUAUGAGCUCUCUUUGGAAAAGGUUUUGAUAGGUUUAUAAUAUUUGAGGAACACAUGUUACUUAUAUAUAUAUAUUUUUUUUUUUUGCCAAAAAUAAACAAGUUAAGUAUCAAAAGAAGUUGUGCUUCUGUCAUAUAAUAUAAAUUCUGUUUUAAAAACAUGCACACCAUGUAUUCUACAAGUAGAUAAAUCUUUUUCUUGCAGUUAAUUGUAACUCUGGUCAGAGUUCCACGACAAAAAAUCAUGUGCUGAAUUUACAAUUGUUCAUCAAAUUGGUAACAAAAAUGAUGUAUAUGUAGUUUCUACAAAUCAGAAUGCUUGAUUUUAAUUACUACUCUUACUAUUUUGCAUGUACAACAGCUUGAACGGUUGACAGUCCAUAACACAAGGACAGUUUUUUAGAUGAUUCUGAAACGAUCAUGUGAGUAGGCAGUUAAAUCAUUGAAUGUAUGCCAAAUAACCAAAAAUGUGCUGGUUUUUAUGAGCACCCUACUUAAUAUGUGAUUUACACUGGUUUUUAUGGCUUGACGUAAAUUACUCUAUUCAAAUUUUGCAUUCAUAAGAGCUUCACUAACUUUUGAAUAAAGUUAAUUCCUUAAAACAAUCUAAAGGUGGCACACCUUUUGAUUUUAUGAAUGCUCAAUUGGUUAAUCAGAUGAAAAAGUACAAAUGUUAAAUGAUUUUUUUUUUAACUUUAAUUCUGUAUUUUGUCAAUUAAGUGAAAUACAGCUUCACCGAGGACAAUAUUCACAAUUUUAUUUGAAUUUGUGAAUAUUUUAAAUAUUCAGUUUGACAGUGGCAUCUCGUCAAAAAUAUAGUAUUCACACGGGCCCACCAUGAAGGCAGUUCGCUUGGUCCUAAUAUAAGCUUUAAAUGUGACCAGUAAUGAGUGCAGGAAUUGUUUUAUUUCUGACCUGUGUACUAUACAUAUUUUGUAUUGGCAGGUUGUAUGUAGGAAAUAAUUUUCUAAACUUGCUUUUCUAGUUAAACUGCAAACCUUCGUUCAUUAUUUUCUUCUUUUUCUUUUUUUCUUUUUGCAAUGGCCAGACAUAAAAUGUAGGAAUUGACCACGUUUAUGAUUAGCAUUAUUAUUAAAACAGUCUUCUUGCUUGGUUUCAAGUACCAGCAUGGACUAAUAAUUUUCUCAAAAUUGGCAUAAGGUUGGAUUGGACAGAACAAAAUCUAAAACACUGCAGCACUCCUAAUUAUGGUAAUGUGUAUACUGUAUAGUAUUAUACUGUAAGCAAACAUAUAUAUAUUUUUUAUACUAUUUCUAAUGUGUAUAAUGUAAAAACCAAAGAACCCCUAAUUGAGUAAUCAAAGAGUUGUUCAAAUACAUCACUUCAUCACCUUCACAAUAUAUAAAAUGCUUUUUCUUUAAAUUAAUAAUUUUCUUGGGUAUCAGCAGUGCAGAAUUUUAUUUUUAACAUUUUAUUUGUUUGCCAGAAUUAUGUUUUGCAUUCAAAUAAAUUUACUGACUUCUGAAAUAGUUUUUUGAAUUAUUCCUGUUGAUUGUACGUCUCUCUGCCUAUUACGCUAGUAAUAGACUCAGUGCAGUAAUUUUCAUUAUUUUUUUAUAUUACUGGAAAAUGUUAAUGAAUGUAUUUGCCCACAACUGGUGACAAAUGAGAUUCUGGUGCUUGUAGUGGUACUGAGGCAAUUAUCUCGUAUUGUGCUGUGGUAUUGUGUUGUCUGCGUAACUAAUGAACCGUGCCAACUACACUUUUAGUUGAUUCAUACCUGUUUACUUCAAGUUACUCGUAAUUGUUUACUGUGUUCUCUCCGAUUUGAGAAAAACAUUUUCUUUGAAACACCAAGUGUGUCUGCAGGUCUGUAAUAAUAACUGAAGAAAUUCACUAAAAGUUGCGAAACAAAUGGUAACAGUGCUGGAAGUCUGGUAAACUUUAAUUUCCAGCAGUGUUUCACUAACUUGCAUUUUGGGGUUUUAUGCCUCACUUCAGCUUAUAGCCACACAUUAAAUGUGUGUAACUAUCUGGAGACACACUACUUAAUAUUGUAAAAAUUAUUUCUGAAAAUUUUUUACACUUUAUAACAUUAAUAUCUGCAUGUUCUUGCAAAUAAUAGAUAUAUUUUGUUUUGUGUUUCAUUGUGUUUAUUAUACAUAAGAAAUUACCCUGUAAUGUAAAAAAAAAAUUUGUAGAAAAUAUUUUUAAAAUGUCCUGAAAUAUGUUCAUCAGGUUUCUGUAGACACUGAACAAAAUUUCCAUUUUAGCAAACCUCUUAACUUUGUCUAAAAAAAAAAAAUUGAAGAAAUCCUCAUAACUCCUGAGUUAAUUAAUGUUUAGAAUUUUCAUUUGGAUUCUUAACGUAAAGUGUUUACGUAUGAUUUUAAAGUAAAGCAAACUAAAGAGUCUGUUUUCUUCCCUUAGUAUUAUUUAUAUGAUUAAUGAUAAUUAAAACUAAGAUUAUGAGAUAUGCAUAUUUUAUAAACCAGUAGUAAGGGUAAGGUUAUGAGGUUUGCUGAUUAAGUUGCUGUUAUAAUAAAUUAUUGUCUUAGAAACAUAUCAUUAAUCAUAGAGCUUUUGUUAUCGAUUGUGUUUUUGAAGUUAUACUUCUAAUGCGACUUCCAACAAGGUUGCGUUAAACGUUUAACGCUACCAUGGAGAAUUAUUUGCAUGCAAUUAAAAACUAUUUUUUAAUGAUGCCAAAUAAGUAUAACUUCUCACGCACAUACCUAAGUACAAGCACCCUUUUUUUUUUCUGUGUGAGUUCAUGUUUAAAUGUACACAAGGGUACUCAGGAUUGAAGGGACUUCAUUGGAGUAUAUUUCACAGGAACAUUGUUGUACCUGUAUAAUUAUUCUUAGCAACACAUCAUCACACGAAGUGUGUUGUUUUCUAUGAAAAAUGUACAAAUGUAAACUACUCAAUGUAACAGCAAGAUAUUGCUAACAUUUUUAGAUUACUUUUAUGUAAAAAUAACAGUGUAGUAUAAUUGUAAUAUUUGCUGUACAGUAUUGGGUAUAUACAUCACGUUAUUAAGUAACUAUUUAGAUAAGCAAUGUUACCUGUAAUUCAUUUGCUGUGUUGCCUGUAACUAUUUUCCCAUUUUCUUUACUUUGAUAAUAAAUAUAUUGUUUCACCAUAGUAAACGUUAAAAUACAUUUUAAAGAUAGUUUUUUUUUUAUAUGAGUAUUAUGCAUUUCAGCUAACCUUACAGUGUUAAAUUCUUAACGGGGUAAAUGUUUUCUUUCAAUCAAGAUGUUAAAAUGUUAACCUUAUUUUCACACCGGCUGUUCUAACGAACCUUAGUUCAAUUCCCUUUGAUUCCUUCACGACUAAUGACCCUGUGUUUUCUUCGCUGUAAAAUGUGCAUCUACCUGAAGACGUGGCCACUGCUCUUCUGUCCCAUCUCGGCUGGGUUACAGGAUGCCCUACCAGCCUCUAUGCAGUGUGGCCUGCAAGAUCCAAAAAUAAGUCAGGGGGGCGCAACUGAAUACGCAGAAUAUGGCUACUAAAAAAACUGUGUGGUUGAGAAAAAAUUCAGUUUUAAAUAUAAAGAAAACAGAAAUUUCUUAAACAUAAUGACUUGAAUUAAAAAAAACUAUUUUACAGACUUUAUUGUUCAGAAUUUAUGGAAUGGUGUAUUAACGAAGUGGCAUAUUGAGUAUAUGUAAUUGCAAAAUAUUAUAUUUUGGAAAAAUUUUUUGACAAUGUUGAAUUAUGUUGGUAGGUAGCAAUGAAAUAAGCAUGGCUGCCAUAAGCACAUGUGCAUGUGUGUGCUCGUGUGUAAUUUUUGCAAUUAAAACUGAAGUUAUGAUUUUAAA